ACCCAAUUCUUUAUAUAUUUAUUAUUAUUAUAUCACCUUUUUUGUGGAACAUACACCAUUACUAUUACAAUAUAUGUUCUUAUUUUAUGAUUCAUUUAUAGAUAGAUCAAUUCAUCACUGAGUUGUGAGUAAUUGAAGGCUGUUCAACUUCAACUUCAACCUACUAUAUCACAAUAAUGGAUGAAAAGGUGGAAGCUCUUCAAGUGGAAUUGCAACGAGUGAAAGAGGAGAAUAGUGCUCUAAGAUUGAUGUUUGAGGUUCUAAGCAACAAAUUCAAAAGCCUUCAAUCCCAAAUUCAAGAUAUAAACAAGGAAUCAGAGCAAAUAAUAGGCUUCAAUAAUUCAAUGCCUAUUGUUGACUCAACAAAUUGCAAGAGACCAAGACUAGAGUUUCCGACAGCUAAAAGGCCAUUGCAAAUCUUUGUCAGAACCAACCCCAAGGAUGAUACUUUGAUGAUAAGAGAUGGAUACCAAUGGAGGAAGUAUGGACAGAAGGUUACCAAAGACAAUGUUUCACCAAGAGCCUACUUCAGGUGUUCCAUGGCCCCUAGUUGCCCAGCCAAGAAGAAGGUGCAAAAAUGCAUACAUGACAAGUCUAUAUUAGUUGCAACUUAUGAUGGAGAGCACAACCAUGCUGCAAUUCAAGAUUCUUCAAUGCCUUCUUCAUCCACUCCCAAAGGCUCAGUGGCUAAUAAAAAUAACAAUAAUAAUAGUAAAAAUAAUAAUGAUUUACCUCUUCCAAUCUUAGAAAAUUAUAAAAAAUGGUCUCAUCAAACAGAUUCAAUAAGACUAUGUUGUGAUGAUGUUACUAUGCAAAAAAGUAACACCAAAAUUGAAGAAUAUGCAAAUUCCUUAAUCAAAGAUCCUGAGUUCACUGCAGCAUUGGCUGAAGCAGUUGCACGCACCAUCACUGGUCAGAGUAAGGAACAAGACCUAAACCUCAAUUUGGGGUUCCAGCAGGGUGAUGAAAACUGAGAUCAAUUAAUGCAAUUGUAUAGAGAUUUUUUAAGGACUUCAAUAGUAGCAUAGUUUGUCAAAUUAGGAUGAAUUAUUAGUUUAGUUUGGUAAAUUGCUGUAUUCAAAACUAUGUAAGUUUAAUUAGUUUUAGCUCAUGCAAAAAUUAUGUGAUUGGU